CCUAUUGGAGAUGUAAAAUGUAAUUUAAAAAUACGGAAGUACGUAUUUAUCAGCAUGGAAAGGCGCAUGAGGAUGAUAUAGUUAUCUUUACAGAUGAUGAACUGUAACCCUGUGUCUGUCAACUUUGGGAUUUCUUAAGAUUUGGAUUACAAUAUUUCUACUGACCACCAACAUGCUGAGUGAGGUAGAGGCCAAAGAGCUGCUGUCCUUCCUCACACUGGACACCAGGCCAGACGUCAAGGGCCAGGCUACUGAGUACAUCCUGGGCCUCUCUGGCAACAGGGAUGGCUGUCGCUACCUACAGACAAAACCUGACUUCCUUAAAGCCUUGGUGACCCUCACUACCGACCCCUCCAUCGCUAUCGUCAAAGACUGUUACCACUCUCUCAUCAACCUGUCGGCUGAUGAGACCAUGCACCAACCACUGAUCAAAGACUCGGACUUCCUCCCUAUAUUGUUUAAAAACCUCCUGGACCCAGAAUUUAUGUUUGCGGACCGUAUCUGUACGAUCCUCACUAACCUGUCGCGGCACGUGAAGACGUGUAAAGAGGUGUUUAAGGCUAUGCAGGAGCAGGAGAUAGGUUUGCCGCAGAUAGUGGACAUCUUCUGCACUGAGGGCUACAACAAGCAGGCAUCGCUCCAUUACCUGGGCCCCCUCCUCUCCAACCUCACACAGCUGCCCGAGACCAGACACUUUAACCUGGAUAAGGAGAGGUGUGUAGUUCAGAGGCUCCUUCCCUACACCCAAUACCAGGCCUCAACAAUCAGACGAGGGGGAGUCAUUGGCACUCUGAGAAAUUGUUGCUUUGAUCAUGGUAGAGGAGGAAGACUCACACACAUCUUAAUAGCUCAUCAUGAGGGGUUGCUGAGUGAUGCGGUGGACAUUCUGCCUUUCCUGUUGCUGCCUCUCGCUGGGCCUGAGGAACUGUCUGACGAGGAGAAUGAAGGGUUACCCGUCGACCUCCAGUACUUACCAGAGGACAAGGAAAGAGAGGAGGAUCCCGACAUUCGCAAGAUGCUCAUUGAGACCAUGAUACUGUUGACAGCUACCAAAGUAGGUAGGCAGAUUCUGAAGGCCAAGAACGUCUACGCCAUCAUGAGGGAGUUCCACAACUGGGAAAAGGAGCCUCACGUGGCCGCUGCUUGUGAGAAGCUCAUACAGGUGCUGAUCGGGGACGAGCCAGAGCCAGACAUGGAGAACCUGUUGGAGGUGGAGAUUCCUGAGGACGUGGAGGUGAAGCUCAAAGACAUGGAUGCCAAGGAGCAGGAGCAGUUGGAGAAAGAGCAGGAAGAUCUGUUAAAUCCAGACAAGUCACAGCAGUGUGCUGGCAUAGUGAGGAUGAUGUAGCAAGGUGGUCUUUUCUACAUUUAAACUGGUCAACCAUCUUAUGAACAAUGGAAUCAACUGCUAACUCAUUUAACAGAAAAUUCUGGACAUCACAACAAGAAACGGCAUGAAAUCAGGACUCGGAAGGACUGUGUGCAAUCUGAAACUAGUUGUAUUUUCGCACCACAAAGUCUUAAAUCGAUUAAAAUGUAAUUUUAUUUUUAAUGAAA